CAACAACAUGGCUCACGGGAUACGUCUUCUGCUGGCUAUCGCGAUCGCAGUUGCGAUCUGUGAGGUUUCCAGUUAUGGAGAUGGCAUAGGAGUUAACGGGUACGGUACUAGAUUUAUCAGUGGACCUCAUAUAAGUUACAACGAUUACUAUAACAGAUACCAUGGAUUUAAAAUCGUUGGUAGUAGAUUUCAGUACAAUGGUUUAGCGUAUCGACUUACAUGUAGUAGUAGUCGGUUUUACAGUCUUUGGGGUAACUGUUAUACUAGAUACCAUAGUAGAAGUAGAUGCUUUGGAUAUCUGAGAACACAAGGGCUAUUUGCACCGUUUGGAGGAGAUGGCAUAGGAGUUAACGGGUAUGAUACUAGAUUUAUCAGUGGACCUUAUAUAAGUUACAACGAUUACUAUAACAGAUACCAUGGAUUUAAAAUCGUUGGUAGUAGAUUUCAGUACAAUGGUUUAGCGUAUCGACUUACAUGUAGUAGUAGUCGGUUUUACAGUCUUUGGGGUAACUGUUAUACUAGAUACCAUAGUAGAAGUAGAUGCUUUGGAUAUCUGAGAACACAAGGGCUAUUUGCACCGUUUGGAGGAGAUGGCAUAGGAGUUAACGGGUAUGAUACUAGAUUUAUCAGUGGACCUUAUAUAAGUUACAACGAUUACUAUAACAGAUACCAUGGAUUUAAAAUCGUUGGUAGUAGAUUUCAGUACAAUGGUUUAGCGUAUCGACUUACAUGUAGUAGUAGUCGGUUUUACAGUCUUUGGGGUAACUGUUAUACUAGAUACCAUAGUAGAAGUAGAUGCUUUGGAUAUCUGAGAACACAAGGGCUAUUUGCACCGUUUGGAGGAGAUGGCAUAGGAGUUAACGGGUACGAUACAAGAUUUAUCAGUGGACCUCAUAUAAGUUACAACGAUUACUACAACAGAUUCAAUGGAUUUAAAAUCAUUGGUAGUAGAUUCAAUUACAACGGUCGAGCAUAUCAACUGACAUGUAGUGCACGUCGGUUUUAUGGUCUGUGGAUUGAUUGUUAUCAACGAUUUCAUAGUAGAAGUAGCUGUUUUGGAUAUCUGAGGAAACAGCACAUUAUUUCACAAUAUGGAGGACUAGGCAUUAAUUAUGGUAUGUCAACUCCUACUAUUAAGAAUCUACAACUUAUCGUUAAUGUAUUUGGGUUGAGAAGAAUCGAUACGAGAAAAUAA